GUUCGCGCAGGCGCAGAGGGAGUCGGCGACUCGGGCAGUGCUCUUGCGCGCUCCGGGCGCGGGGCCUGGGGCGUUCGGGGUGUCCCGCGUGUCUGUCUGUCCCUUGCACCCCUCACCCGCUGCCAGGCAACUGGUCUGCCAGGCUGUCUGCACUGCGCCUGCAUCGGGCGCCUGCCUUCUGCCCCCCGUCGGCGCCAUCAUGCUGCUGCCCGUGUUCACCCUGAAACUGCGCCACAAAAUCAGCCCCCGCAUGGUGGCCAUAGGGCGAUACGACGGGACUCACCCGUGCUUGGCGGCUGCCACCCAAGCGGGCAAGAUUUUUAUUCAUAAUCCUCACACACGGAGCCAGCAUUUCAAUGCAUCCAGAGUCUUCCAGAGCCCCCUGGAGUCCGAUGUUUCGCUCCUCAACAUUAACCAGACAGUGAGCUGCCUGGCUGCGGGAGUCUUGAACCCUGAGCUUGGCUGUGAUGCUCUUUUAGUGGGAACACAGACCAGUCUUUUGGCUUAUGAUAUCUACAACAAUUCAGAUUUGUUCUACAGAGAGGUAGCAGAUGGGGCAAAUGCCAUUGUGCUGGGGACCCUGGGAGACAUCACUCCUCCUCUUGCAAUCAUCGGUGGCAAUUGUGCUCUUCAGGGUUUUGAUCAUGAAGGAAAUGAUCUCUUUUGGACGGUUACUGGAGACAAUGUUCAUUCCCUGGCUUUGUGUGACUUUGAUGGUGAUGGGAAGACAGAGCUUCUUGUUGGAUCUGAAGAUUUUGACAUCCGGGUUUUUAAAGAGGAUGAGAUUGUGGCGGAAAUGACAGAAACAGAGAUAAUCACCUCUCUGUGUCCCAUGUAUGGCAGCCGGUUUGGUUAUGCCCUUUCCAAUGGCACAGUUGGAGUUUAUGACAAGACAGCCCGAUACUGGAGAAUUAAAUCCAAAAACCAUGCCAUGAGCAUUCAUGCUUUUGACAUUAACUCUGAUGGCGUGUGUGAGCUGAUAACUGGGUGGUCCAAUGGAAAGGUUGAUGCUCGAAGUGACCGGACUGGAGAGGUCAUAUUUAAAGACAACUUUUCUUCUGCAAUUGCUGGUGUGGUAGAGGGAGAUUACCGGAUGGAUGGCCAUGUGCAGUUAAUCUGCUGCUCAGUGGAUGGGGAAAUCCGAGGCUACCUGCCAGGCACAGCGGAGAUGAAGGGGAACCUCCUGGACACGAGUGUAGAGCAGGACCUGAUCCGAGAGCUGAGUCAGAAGAAGCAGACUCUGCUGCUGGAACUCCGCAACUACGAGGAGAACACCAAGGCAGAACUGAGCAGUCCCCUGAAUGAGGCUGAUGGGCAGAAAGGCAUAAUUCCAGCCAAUACCAAGCUCCACACCGCCCUCUCGGUUAGCCUGGGGAGUGAUGUACAGGAUGCGCAUGCGGAAUUGCGCAUCUCCACUUCCAAUGAUACCAUCAUCCGAGCAGUAUUAAUUUUUGCAGAGGGGAUUUUUGUGGGUGAAAGCCAUGUGGUUCACCCCAGCAUUCACAACCUCUCUAGCUCCAUCCGUGUCCCAGUUACACCUCCCAAAGAUGUCCCUGUGGAUCUGCACCUGAAAACCUUCGUGGGUUACAGAAGCAGCACCCAGUUCCAUGUAUUUGAAUUGACAAGACAGCUCCCCCGAUUCACCAUGUAUGCGCUGACCAGUCCAGACGCGGCUAGCGAGCCUGCCAGUUACGUGAACUUUAUCAUUGCAGAGCGGGCACAGAGGAUGGUCAUGUGGCUCAACCAGAACUUUCUGUUGCCAGAAGACACUAACAUUCAGAAUGCCCCAUUUCAAGUCUGUUUCACAUCCUUACGCAAUGGUGGCCAGCUCUACAUAAAAAUAAAAUCAAGUGGCGAGAUCACUGUCAAUACUGAUGAUAUUGAUCUGGCUGGUGAUAUCAUCCAGUCGAUGGCAUCUUUUUUUGCUAUUGAAGACCUUCAGGUAGAAGCAGAUUUCCCUGUCUACUUCGAGGAAUUACGAAAAGUGCUGGUGAAGGUGGACGAGUAUCAUUCAGUGCAUCAAAAGCUCAGUGCUGACAUGGCUGAUAAUUCUAAUCUCAUCCGAAGUUUGCUGGUCAGAGCUGAGGAUGCUCGUCUGAUGCGGGACAUGAAAACAAUGAAGAAUCGUUAUAUGGAACUCUAUGACCUUAAUAAAGAUUUGCUAAACGGCUAUAAGAUUCGAUGUAACAACCACACAGAACUGCUAGGAAACCUGAAGGCAGUGAACCAAGCGAUCCAAAGAGCAGGCCGCCUCCGUGUUGGAAAGCCAAAGAACCAGGUGAUCAAUGCUUGUCGGGAUGCCAUUCGAAGCAACAAUAUCAACACACUCUUCAGAAUCAUGCGGGUGGGGACUGCUCCUUCAUAGGAGAGCAAGACCAAGGAAGGAAGCGCCUGCAGAGGUUUAUGUCCAGAAAUCCAGGCCGAUUUGCUCCCAGUCGCAUCCUGGUGAGUCCAGGCUGCUGGGAAUGAAAACCGUGGUGACUUAUAAUGAAAGGCAGGUGUUCCAUCUGACAGUCGGUCUCCUUUCUUUUGAUAUCCAUAGUAAGGUUGCUGAUUUGUGAAAUAGUGUGACUACCUUACAAUAUCAGGGUGUCAGAGUUUAGCUUGUUCUUAUAUAAAGUUAGUGUAUGAGUUUAUCUCCUUCCCCCUUGAAAUUGUAAGUGAAUUUUAAAAUUUGAAAUGAAGUAUUUACUUUUUCAUUAAAAAUAAAAGAUACUGGUCCUUGUUGUUGAUUAUAAAUUA